GGCACUGGAAGGGAGGUGUAUGUGGCUGCUGGUCUCCCGAGAUUUCCCUAAGCGCGCCGACUCUGACAGGCUUCUCCUCUCGCUCCCUACAUCAACCUCAGAGAGAGAGACGCACAUCCAGCACCCUCUGGGCUUCAGCUGAGAAAAGGAAUUGGCACGUGCGGUUGCUGUGAGCGCUCCCUGAUAGAGAGGGUGCCGGGGGCAAGAUGCACACCACCCAGAAGGACACUACCUACACCAAGAUCUUCGUCGGGGGCCUGCCUUAUCACACCACGGACUCCAGCCUCAGGAAGUACUUUGAGGUCUUUGGAGACAUAGAGGAGGCGGUGGUGAUCACGGACAGACAGACCGGCAAGUCACGAGGCUAUGGCUUUGUCACGAUGGCAGACAGAGCUGCAGCUGAAAGGGCUUGUAAAGAUCCCAAUCCAAUUAUAGAUGGCAGAAAGGCAAAUGUGAAUCUUGCAUACCUGGGAGCAAAACCACGGAUAAUGCAGCCAGGUUUUGCAUUUGGUGUUCAACAGAUUCACCCAGCACUUGUACAAAGGCCUUAUGGGAUCCCUGCACAUUAUGUUUACCCACAAGCUUAUGUGCAGCAAGGACUUGUAAUUCCACAUGUCCAGCAAACAGCUGCUGCAUCCACAAGCCCCUACAUUGACUACACCAGUGCUGCCUAUGCACAGUACGCUGCUGCUGCCGCUGCCGCAUAUGAUCAGUACCCUUAUGCUGCCUCUCCAGCUACUACAGGAUAUGUCACUGCUGCGGGUUAUGGUUAUGCAGUCCCGCAACCACUUACAGCUGCAACACCAGGAACGGCUGCUGCAGCGGCUGCUGCCUUUGCUCAAUACCAGCCACAACAACUGCAAGCCGACCGCAUGCAAUAGCACUUAGACUUUUGAGCGAAUCAAUCACCCUUUUGUUUUCUGCCAUCCCUUUCAGUAGACUAGACCAUGUACAUUUAGACAAAUGGCUUUAACUAAAAUUGGGGGGAUAAAACCCUUAAAGUUUUUUGGAGAGCAAAGUUAUUCCAGAUCUUGAUGCAGUAAAUGUUCAUGAACAGUGUACAUGUUGAAGCUAAUCUACAACUUGAAAAUAUUUUUUGAUACGGCACAAUGAGACUUUUUGUAUCAGGGAAAGAAACUGCCUAUAACUAAUCUGGGAAGACCUUUUUCUGUAAAUAAUAACUUUUUUUUCUAUUUUCACAUAGCUUAUAAACCAGGGAAAUAUCAGCAAUAUGUAGCCUGUACAGAGUAAAACAUGGGCAGCUUCUCGAUGCAGCUGUUUUGUUUUUUUUUGUUUUUUUUCACUAAAGUGUUCAUGGAUUCAGAAUGGGCAUGGAAGCACAUGGCCUGCUGGUCACCCAAUGGACAGGCACCAAAGCAAUCUUCUCAUCUGUCCUCUGCAUGAGUGGAACUAUAUGGAGCAAGUGAUGUGGAAUUAACAUGUGCAACAGCUGUACAGACAAUCAGUAACACAGACCGUUCUGGUGAGAACACAUCACUUGUGCUUAUUUGAUGAGCUUGUCACAUUCUAAUCCCUCUCUCCAUCCUGUUUCGCUUUUGGGAAACUUUAAACUGCUGGUGUCAGCUUUUCUGAUUCUGAAACUGGAUCAGUCCUUUACUAAAACAACCUUCUAUUUUAUUACUCCUAUUCAUAGUUUGCAGCCUACAAAAAAUGGAACGUGCUAAGUUUAACCCUUUAAAGAACUGGGGGUUUUUUUUCUUUACCCCACCCCCCUUGGUCAAAUAAAGUACAACUUUGCAUUGCAGUUUUAAAGGGUUAAUUCAGAAUGGUCUGUACUGUGCCUUAACUGUAAUGUUAUUGAAAGAAACAUAUAUUUAUUUUGAAAGUUUUACUGCAGUGUGCUCUGAAGAAAGGGACCUUUAGAUGCAACACUAAAAUGAUGUAUUCAUCUCAUGGUAUAAGUUAUUUAAGUAAGUUUAGAUGUAGUAAAUUAAAACAUUAAUCUAUUCAACUAAAAAUUUUGACCUGGAUUUAUUUAAAUUCUUUAUGUGCACUGUAUAAUGAUAUCCUUAACUUAACAUUUCGAAUUUUACAACCUCUCUUGCGCAGUAACACAAAAAAUUUCAUUUGCACGUAGGGGUAACUUCUGGGUUUUUUUUUUUCUUUUUAGUAAAGUGCUGCUUUACACAAUGAACUUGUAAAAACUGCAAUACUUGCAAUUUUUAUUCUUGAACUUGCGUUUAAAUAUUUUACACUGUAAUGGGUUUUUAUACUUGAAAAAAAAUCAUACAAGGGAAGAAAAAAAGACAGCAUUUUUAUAGACAUUGUUUCAAUGUCAGUGGAUUUAUUUCGAAGUAUUCCUAAAACUAGCCAGUGUUAUGUAACUAGUAGACAAGGAAUCCAUGCUUAUUUAUUCAUUACAUAUUGCUUUAUAACAUUAAAAUCUAUUCACUUGUAUUAAAUAUAAUUAAACAUG